UCACGUGUAUCUGAUAUGAUACAUAUAGAGUGUAGAGAAAUUCCCUUGCCUGCCGGCCAAGGUCGGCUAAACGACGUCGUUUUAAACCUGACUGUCAAAACAAGUCCGCCAGUUCCAUACUACAAAACUACGACUACUACGACUUCUCUCUCUACUAAAUUCACUGUCUGCUAUUUUCCCUCUCUAAAAAAUACGUUACAGUUUUUUUAAUUUUGCCCUUUUUAUCAGUCUCUGUAACACGCAUUCACUACUGUCAAUCGAUCGGUUUGAUCUUCUUGUUUGAUUGUGUUUUUUCAACCAGCUGUAAUGUCGGAGAACGCUCUCAAAGAUCUGAACACGCUACCCGGAUCUGAAAGGAAGAAUGAAAGCUCUAGUAAAGGGAGUUUUACUAAACCUUGCACUGAGAACACGAAUGAAAAUGUUGAAAAGUGUGUAAAGAAAAACUCUAGCUCAGUGGUUUCUGCUGAUGGCACUGUGAAUCCUGAAGUGGAAGUAGCUAAUACAGAGGUAGAAUAUAUCGAGUCUGAGAAUCUGAGUGAUGUAGAGGAUCUUGAUACGUGUUUGAAGACACUCCUGUGUGGACUAGACUCUAAAGAUUGGGUUCUGGUUUGCGAAUCACUGAACAAUACACGUCGGUUGUCCCUAUUUCAUAAGGAAGCAUUGCUUGAUAUGCUGGGGGAUGUAGUACCACUCAUCGUGAAGUCGCUGAAGAAUCCGAGAAGUGCUCUUUGUAAAACUGCAAUUAUGACUUCUGCUGAUAUAUUCAAUGCAUACAAUGAUCAGAUAAUUGAAUCGCUGGAUCCUCUGCUUCUACAGCUCCUUCUCAAGUCUUCACAGGAUAAACGAUUUGUAUGUGAGGCGGCUGAAAGAGCUCUGGUUGCAAUGACAACCUGUGUUUCCCCUACACUGUUGUUGCCGAAGCUAAAGCCAUAUCUUAAGCAUAGGAAUCCUCGAAUUCGAGCUAAAGCAUCCAUGUACUUCUCUAGAAGUGUACCACGACUGGGUUCUGAAGGAAUCAAAUCCUACGGGAUUGACGAAUUGAUUCAGGUGGCUGCAUCACAGCUCUGUGACCAACUUCCUGAAUCAAGGGAGGCUGCUCGAACCCUGCUGUUGGAGCUGCAAACUGUUCAUGAGAAGUCAAACGAUGUCACACCUACCGCAUCUGAGGAUUCAGCGACAGUAUCUGAGGAUUCUGAGUUGAGUUCUUGGGAACACUUGUGUCAAUCAAAACUGUCUCCUUUAAGCGCACAAGCUGUGCUUCGCGUGACCAACAUUGCUCGUGAGGGUCUUGUAUUGGGUUCAUAACAGAAGCUAUACAGAGCAUGUGCCGAUAGUAGUCAGUUACGUUACGCCUUUAUUUCACUCAGCAUAUAUCAUAUUCAAUGAGCAGAGUCUGUUACUUCUUUUCGUUACUUUUGCUUUGGUCCAUUAUCAUUUUCUUGUAAGUAUAUACCAAGAGAUAUCCGAGAUGCGGUUAAACACGUAGUUGAGUUGAAUAUUCUUUACAGAUUGGUUGGUUGCUACUA